AUGAGCAAUUCUAAGGUUCUACUAUUUGGCUCAUUCACUGAAGAUGAAACCAAAUCACUGAGGGUAAAAAAGUCUUCUGGGAGAAAAGAUAAGUCUGUUGACAAGAAUCAGCUGCAAUUUGGUUCUCUGAAUUCUGUUACUGUUAAAUCAAGCAACCUGCCAAAUUCAGCAAAAGCACCCAAAAAUGUUCCUCUCCCUGAUUCUCAGAAACUUAAUGGUGUGAAUGGUGUCGGUGCUGACUUACCUAAGGUACACGAAACUAUAAAAGAGAAUGGCAGUAUUACUAAUUUCUCGCCCAAUCCAUCAAGUAUCACUAGUGCAAACAGUGUUAAAGAACCUCAUAUGAGUUCUGUUGCACUAGAUAGAAAUGGUACUGCGAACAAUUUUGCAAAUUUGAGUCUGGAUGCUUCAGGGACUGAAAGUUUGAAGAGUUCCUUAAAAAAUGGCAAUGAUGAUGAUACUUCAGAGUUAUUUGAUAAAGACUUGAACAAGGCACCUAAUGGGCAUGCUGUUAUGCAUGUCAAGGAACUGCUGCCUCGAGGCUUGAUUAACUCCGGGAAUUUAUGCUUUCUUAGUGCAACCAUGCAGGCUCUCUUGGUUUGUUCUCCUUUUGUUCAGCUUUUACAGGAGUUAAGAAGUCGGAACAUUCCCAAGGUUGGCUAUCCCACACUUAAAGCAUUUGCUGAGUUUGUAACUCAAUUUGACAUGCCAAGCGGAAUAAAAUUAAAGAAAGAUACAAAUUCUUUUGAGUUUGGACGGGCAUUUUGCCCUGUUAUGUUUGAAGAUGUUCUGAAAAAUUUUACUCCGGAUGUGCCAAAUAGCAUUUCAGGAAGAACAAGGCAAGAAGAUGCUCAGGAAUUUCUGAGCUUUGUUAUGGAUCAAAUGCAUGACGAAUUACUGAAGCUUGAAGGACAGUCUUCAAGUCUUAAUGGUAGCAAAUCUUUUCUAGUUUCUUCCGUGGAAGAUGAUGAGUGGGAAACAGUGGGACCAAAGAAUAAAUCUGCUGUUACAAGGACUCAAAGCUUUAUUCCCUCAGAGUUAAAUGAUAUUUUUGGAGGACAACUCCAAAGUUUGGUUAGAACUAAAGGAAAUAGAUCUGCCACUGUUCAACCAUAUCGCUUGCUUCAUCUUGACAUUCAUCAUGAUGCCGUUCACACCAUUGAGGAUGCCUUGCACUUGUUUUCUGCACCAGAAACUCUUGAAGGGUACCGAACAUCAGUCACUGGAAAGGCGAGGACUGCAAAAAAAUCUAUACAGAUACAGACACUUCCUAAAAUAAUGAUAUUGCACCUGAUGCGAUUUGGUUAUGGAAGCCAGGGAAGCACCAAGUUGCUUAAGCCCGUGUACUUUCCUCUUGAGUUCGUAUUGGGUCGUGACCUGCUUGUUUCACCAUCUACCGAGGGUCGAAAAUAUGAACUCGUUGCUACAAUUACUCAUCAUGGAAGGGAGCCUUCAAAAGGACACUACACAGCUGAUGCUCAGUACCCCAAUGGUCGGUGGCUACGAUUUGACGAUGCAUCUGUCUUUGCCAUUGGAGCAAAUAAGGUUCUGCAUGAUCAGGCCUAUGUUCUUUUCUACAAACAGAUAUAA